CUGCUUCUUUCCGGCAGCCAUGAAAGUGAUGACGGACCAUGCCAUUCAUAGCUCAUUCUUCUGCUAUGGGCAAAGGCAGCUAACCCCUCAACUAGCGGAAGUUAUAAGAACAGCGAGAAGGUGAAGGUCCCCCUGCCUCUCCCCUCUGCCUGCAGGUACCGAACUCUACACGCGACGCGCGCUGCACCCGGAAUUCUACAUGGAAGCAACAAAUCAACAGUCGGUCGAUUUAUAUGUGUCGGUACGAGAUACUGGGUCGCGGGCUAUUAUAUUGGCAGCGUAAGAAAUCCAAAAAAGACAUAGAGCUUUCUUCUAGGUCAGUCUUGCGAACUGGUGCCGCAAUUGUCCACUUUGGUUAUCAUUGCGCCUUGCCUGACUUCCUCCGCAGAGAGCUCCCAACAGAAUGCUCCACGAGGUCCUCCUCUCCCUAUCCGGCCAACCGUCGCCAUUAUUCAACCUCUCCACCGAAGAAAACCUCGUCGCUGAAGAUACUUUUUCCCUCCUGUCUCCUCCGGAGAAAGCCCUCCUCACCCCCCUUGCCCGUCUAAGUCGACUACAUGCCAGUCUGCGCACUCACACGGCUCGAAUCUCCUCCUCCCAUGACUCCGUGAUAUGUCGAGCCGUAUCGACGGCAAUCAGCACGCAACACCUUGGCGCGUUCCAGAAGAAGAUCAUUGAGGUCGAAAGAGCAAUCCUAUUGGAAGACAGUGGAUAUGUUGGCGGGUAUGGAAUUGUGCCAUUGUCAACUAUUGUUGGAGAGUUUUCGCCCUGGACGCGACGACUGGAAUGGCUGUGGGAGGUAGCGAGGUUUAUUCUGCCCGAGGGGAGGCACGAUAGCUGUACUGGUGCAUCUUUGAUCGACUUCCUUCGGGCAGAAGCGCAGACUGGAUACGCGGAUAUUGAAGAAAUGGCAUUGCACCUGGUCGGUGCAGCCGAGACGGCUUGGAUGAGGCAAUUGUCGACAUGGCUGUUGUAUGGGAAUUUCCCAGUAUUGGGAAAAAGCGAUUUCUUUAUACAAGACGAAAGUGCAAAUUCUGGCAAUCACUCCGCAACUACGUCCAAUUUUAUUCUACAUACAAAGCUGCUACCAAAGUUUGUUUCGCAACAGACGGCGUCGUCCAUCUUGUUCAUUGGGAAAACUUUGAAUCUCAUUAAAGCAAAGCGAAGUACUUCGACAGGGGGCUUUUCAAGUGGACUCUCGACGGCACCGGUCACUCUUCAUGGUGAUCACAUCGAGUAUCUUGCCGCCCUCAAAUCUCCUAUAUCCACUUCAAAGCUAUCCAUGGCGAUAAAAUCGAUCCGCUUAUCGUUGGCGCAGAGCACAGUUUCCAAGCUCCUCCCUCUUCCGAAGAUUCUCGAAGUUCUAUCUGUUCUCCACGACUUUUUGCUGUUAAGGCGUGGUGAAUUUGCGACUGCUUUGGUAUCGCAUGCUGAUCGCCGGCUACAAGAAAGACGUCGAAAACCAGAGGCCCUAGGCCCCAGAGACAAACCCGCCGGGGUUCUCCGAGGCCUCGCCGUUAAAGAGGGCGACGUUACGGCCGCGUUGGCACAAACCUGGGCCGAACUUUACUCAUUACAGAAUGAGGAGGACCCUCAGGACGACGAGCUUGAUCUUGCUAGGGACCUUCUGAGACUGUCAGUUAAUGACUCAAAGGAAAGCCAGCAGUCAGUCGAAGAUGGGGUGGACCUUGGGCAGGUUAGCGACAUUUCUAAUAUUGUUUUCGAGGAUCUUCUUUUCCCAACACCGACAUCACUUUCGGUACAAGUACGCCCACCUCUCGAUUUAUUCCUCUCCUCUUUCGACAUCUUCACUUACUCUAAAAUCCAUUCUUACCUGUUGGGUAUCCGGCGCGCUCAAAUACAUCUCGGUGACUUAUGGAAGCGUACGUCUUUGCGCAGGAGCUAUCCAUCACCAUGGGGCCCACCUCGAAGCAGUACUGUUUUCGGACAAAACAAGCUUAAGAUGGGGCGGCAAAGGGACAACGCACGACUUCAUCAAAUGAGGCCAAUUUGGGCAACGAGCAGUGCCUCGCUUUUCGUGGUGUCUGAGAUAGGGAGUUUUUUCCAGGGUGAAGUUAUCAACGGCUCCUGGCAACACUUUCGAGACUGGAUUGAGGGGCGACCAACUUCCGUAGGCUCGUCAGUUGGUUCCCGACCGCAAACUGCAGCGUCGUCGAAGACCCAGGAAUCCGGCUUCGAAGGAUUUGGUCAAACUGCGACCCAGCGACAUGACCCCGAAACAUUGACCAUUGCACAUCGUGGGUAUCUACUCUCUAUCGUGCAAUCUCUAUUCUUGACGGAUGUGCCUUUCACCAAGGCUUUACGGUCCUUUCUUACAAGCGUCGAUCAUUUCAUCGCCCUAGUGGUACGCCUCGAAGGCAUUCAACGAAACAUGGAUCUUGAAACGGAUGAAGGCGUCGUGGAUGCACUGGUAGACUAUGCCGGAGAAGAAAGAGAAGUUUGGCAAUCGUUGAGUGCUGCGCGCCAUCAGGUGGAGGUGGGAAUUAAGAACGUCGUGGCCCGGCUAAGGGAUAUUGACGACAAUCGAUCAGGAGAGGGACGAAAGAUGUUCAAUGCAGCUAGACCACACACUGGACUCUUGUCAGCUCCCCCGCAGAGCGGCACCAGCGCAGAAUCGGCCAUCGAUCAUUAUGUGCCACGGAAGGCGGCUGGAGUUGACCGACUGCUGAUGAAACUGGACUUCGGGAAUGCCAAUGGAAGCGUCGACGGGGUAAACAUGAAAGCGCAGUGACGAAUGUAAUGGUCUCUAGAAGAGUAGUUAUCAGAUAUCAAGUGUCAGGGCAAAUCAGCUAGUCCCGAUCCGGCUAGUCCAAGCAAACAAGCAAACAUCCACUUUGAUUUUCAUCUAAAAAGAAUCUCGAGAAUCGCUCUUCUUCUGCCCAAGGAGUACGCGCGUUCGGACUGCGUGCCUGAACUAAGUACCAAUCCCUCAAUCCUGAGGAGAGUCUUCCGCUAUUCUGCGCGUAUGUCCUGGCUAGAGUUUCUUGCUUCUCCGGAAGCAUCAUUGGAGCAUUCCACGGUCGCGAAAACCACUUUUAUUCUAUUCUAUGGAUAAGACACGUCUUCCCCUGGGCUGAUGAUUUUUCAUCCACAACUUUUCCAUCAAUGUGGAAGUAGGCAUUGCUUUGCAUAGCCUAUCUCACGCACCAAAAUGGCCACGACUGAACCAAUCAGUCAUCGUGAUGACGAGUAAAACGGUUGGGGAUCCAGGGACAUCUCAUCAACAUUCAACAGUCAAACUUUCUGCUGUCUAUCGGCAUAUGGGCUUACUCGGUCUCCGGGCCGCAGCACUCAUGCAGGAAUAUCGACAGAUUUCUCGCCGGAGAUUAAACAAAAAGCAAAGAAGAUAAAACUCUGAAGACGCACAUGAUUCAGGGUCCAGUCUUGUCACGGUUGCCUAUUUGGGUAACCCGAGGGGAUCUCCACCCGAAAGGAUAGUUUCAUUUGCCUGCGGAUCUCGUCCAGUUCUGCUCUCUGCUCUGGUUUGUCGGACUUGCAUUCCUUCGAAUAUUUAUUUUUACUUUGACUUUCUAUGCUUCUUUUUUUAUCUUUCGAUCCGGAUGCCGUUUUCUCCCUGGGA